AUGUUUCCAAAGUUUGAGGAAUAUAGUCAUGUUUUCCAUGAUAAUUUGUUCAUGGUGUCACUUCACUUUCGAGUGUUCAGGCAACAUGGCUAUGACUUGUCUUCUGAUGAUACCUACGAUGCUUAUGGCACCUAUGAAGAACUCAAAUGUUUCACAAACGCAGUGCAGAGGAGGUGGGACAUGAAUGCUAUUGAUCAACUCCCUAACUACAUGAAGCCAAUCUACAAGGCUCUCCUAAACGUUCAUGAUGAAUUUUACCAGGAGAUCAUGGCAAAGAAAGAAAUAAACUACAGCGUCCAAUAUUUAGAAGAAGCGUACAAAGAAGUAGUAAGAUGCUACGACGUUGAGACCGAGUGGUUAAAGAAAGGAUAUGUGCAAAAGAUGGAAGAGUAUUUGGCCAAUGCUUUAGUAACCAUCACUUCUCCAUUGCUCACAACAGCGGCAUUUGUAGGGAUGGGAGAGAUUGCAACCCUUGAGGCAUUCCAAUGGUUACAAUCUCAACCUCGAAUCCUCAUGGCUUGCUCAACAAUAUUCCGAGUCAUCAAUGACAUACAGAGCUGCAAGAGAAGGCAGUUCCAUUUAACUACAGAAGAUGAGAGAAGCCACGUGGCUACUGGAGUUGAGUGCUACAUGAAGCAACAUGGUGUUUCAAGGCCGGAAGCCAUUAGUGAUUUGUUGAAAAUAAUUGAGAAUGCAUGGAUCGACAUCAAUGAAGAGAUGAUGAGACCAACUAUGAUAUCUAGAGAUCUUGUCAUUCGAAUUCUCAACUUUGCAUGCCUUUACGGUGUGGUAUACAAGUAUAGUGAUGGCUAUACUCAACCAGAAUGUGCCAAAGACUCCAUCAUUGCACUGUACGAAGAUUCAAUCUCCAUAUGA